AUGUUUUCAAGAUUUAAAAAAACUUCUGAAGAUUAGAAUUCUAAUGCUUCAUAAACAAAUUAAGAAGAUUUAUAAAAGCUUGCAAAAGAACAAAAAGAAUAUAUAAACAAGGAUUUUAAGCAAAGAGUCUAAUUGUACUAAAUAGAUAAAUGUUUUAAUCAAUGCGUGAAGUCUUUUAUGGAAAAGUUAUUUACUCCUUAUGAGAAAGAGUGUUUAUAAAAUUGCAUACAAAAUAUGGUUGGGUUUGAAAUAGAAUUUAACAACGCAUUAGAGGAAAUAUGA